CUGAGGGGGGUAAUGUAUUUUUGUUUGUUAUUCAAUUGGGCAGCGUUGUGUGGAAGGAUUCAGAAACGAGUAUUUUACCAAGUCUACUGCUAAUCCGGAUCCGGUAACGAGGACUCGCCACGGCCAUGGCUGCGGAGGCGGUUUGCCAAAUCCUGCGACUAAACGACGACUGUCUGGACGAGAUCUUCGACCGCCUGCAAGACCUGCCGACCGAAGUGUCCUUCGCGCGGACCUGCCAGCGACUGCGACACAUCUCGCUGGCCAAGUGGCGCACCAGCCGUGCCUACGAGCAACUGGAUCUGGACAAGUGGCGGGAACUGCUGCCCAACUACGAGGAUCUGGUCUAUUUCCUCACUCAGAUGCGGCCGCACAUCAGGGAGAUGUGCGUGAGCAGCUGUUUGUGCGCCCUGCUGAAGGACCUGGACGAAAUGCACAUCGCUGAGUUGCCCCUGGUGGCAAGUUUCUACUACGAUCCCGAGGACGUCGACUGUUACCCAUCGAACCGGAGCAUUCGCAAGCUGGCCCAACUGCUGCCGGGAUUGCGCAAGUUGCGCCUCACCACGCCCAUUGACGGGCGGUAUCUGUCCCACUUCCAGCACCUGCAGGAGUUGCAUCUUUACGAGGACCAGCACAAGGCCUACGAGCUGCAGCAGGAGUAUCUGGACGAAGUGUGUCACAAGCUGCACGAUCUUCGGGUUCUGGACAUUCGGACAUACGACAUGAUCAGCAAACUGCAGCUGGGAAACUGUGUGCAGAGCCUCAGGAAGCUCGCCGUUCUCAAGCUGAAUCUGGCCACCUUGAAGCCCAUUUUGCCGGCAGUGCUGGAUCUGCCUUCCCUCAGGCAACUAGUCGUGCUGCUGGACAACGAGUGGCACAUACCACCGAUGGUCAGCCCGGAUAGCUACGACCACAAGAUCCGCGAGGUCGGCGAGUUCUACGAGAUCAUGGAGCGCAAGGCCACGGAUAUCGUGGGCUUUGCCGUGGACGGCUACUAUAUGCCCCUGGAACCGGGCUGGGAUGAGAAGCUGCCCAUUUGGCCGCAUCGCCGGCUUAAGCGCCUGGCCAUUUGCAGCUGGACCCAUGCGGCCGACUACCUGGAGCGCUACACUUGUAUGACAGACCUCCAGCUGCUGUGCCUUCGCAACUGGAGCCAUCUGAGCGACGAAAUUCUGGUCAGGUUCGUGGAGCUCUGUCCGAGACUGGAACACCUGGACGUGUCCUAUUGUCGCGAUCUUACGCCGCAAUUUCUGCCCCGCGCCCUCAGUGUCCUUAAGCAGCGAGAACCGUACAAACAAAAGCCAGGAUUUGGACGGUCGCCGCCGCUGCUGCUCUACUAUGAGCUCAGUGGCUUUGAGGAUUUUGUGGAUAAAGCGAAUCUCAAAAGUUCUCCAGAAUAUCGGGGAUAUAUUGUGUUCACAGCUGACUUUCCCGUCGGUUCGGAGCGGGGUCUGAGCUUUGUGGACCGCGGCUAUCAAUUUGAAUUUGACUGCCCUCUAAAUAUGUAAAUUAAAUAAUAUAAUAAAUAUUUAUUAUUAAAUAUU